CUCCGGCGUAUAAAUAUAACAACCCCCUCAACAUUUAGUGGUUCUGCUUCCUUUGUUUAUCUGCAAUUUUCUAUCCUCUCGAGCUUCAAUGGCUGCUGUCUCUGCUACUUCCGUCUGCUUCAGAGCUCUCCUGAAGCCUGCAUUCAAGACCAAUGAGACCUCCUACUUGAACGUUGCUUCUCUAGGAAUGGCAAGGAACCGCUUUCCUGCUCUAAGGACUUCCCGCUUCCGCGUCUCCUGCGCCGCAAAACUCGAGACAGUGAACAAAGUCUGCGAGAUAGUGAGGAAACAGCUAGCUCUGCCCCCGGAGACUGAUCUAACUCCCGAGUCGAAGUUCUCCUCUCUUGGAGCCGAUUCUCUUGACACGGUGGAGAUAGUGAUGGGUUUGGAGGAGGAGUUCGGUAUCAGCGUCGAGGAGGAAAGCUCGCAGAACAUAACGACCGUUCAGGAAGCAGCGGACUUGAUAGAGAAGCUCGUCCAGAAGAAGGAAGCAUAGAGGAUGGACAGUGAAGAUACCGUACGAAUAUGGCAGUAGGAAAUUCAUCGCGCUUGUUUGCGUCUUUUUCAGAGCAGCAAAUAUAGCAUGAGACAUUAGACUUGCCAUCUAAUAGAGGCAGGAAGUUCAUUUUUUGAGGCAGCACAUUUUUUGUCCAAGUUAUCCUCCAUGUCUUGAUUUGUGAUGCAUUUGAAUCCAACAAGUUCUCAUUUGAUGCCAAUUCGAGUCUCAUUCAUUCA